GGUGUAUGCAAGUUGGUGUAUGUAAGGAUAACGCGACCAUCGUUGGAGACCAGGACAAGCGUCAAAGAAUCUAGAAAGGAAGAGAAAGCUGUUCCAACACCUCCCUCCGGAAGAACCAGGACACUUCGCAUGCGCGACCCACCACUUCCGCAAAAAAACCCGGCCCAAACAAACCUACCGUGGAGGCAAAGUCAUCUUAUUUCUCAGCAGGCCGGUAGAGAAUCACGGAAGGGAUGAAAAGUACGUGUGGCGUUUAGAAAAGGCUGUUUUCUUGCCGAAGAGGGAGAUCGUGAGCGACUUUCCAGUCCGUACACUGUAGAGCGAGCCCACAGCUGACUACCGCAUCAACAACGGUCUCGGUGCAACCUCGCCAAACAAAAUGGCUGAAGGACAAGGAGACAACGCACAACAAAUCGUGUUUCCGUGCGAUCUACCCACCUGGAACGACCUCAGGCCACUUCUCCAGGGCCUGAAGACGGUCAAGACGUCCGAUGAUCUAGUCUCCGCACUAGAUCACCUUUACGAGGUGGCUCACUCGCGGCAGAAGGUACCGAAGAGGGGUAAGCACUCUCGCCGGGCGAGGGGGAGGAAGCUCCCGAAGAGAGACCGAGACAGUCACGUCUCGGGCCUGGCAUGGUUCCUACAGAAUGUCCUUGACGAAGCAGAGAGACAGGACUUUUUCGGAAAGACAUUGCCGAGUAUAGCGGAGAGGGCCUUGGAACUGGAAACGUUAAAACCGGCGGAGGGACUGAGCGUUAGCCAAAGACAGCGAGGUGGAACAGUGGUUCUACAGCGCAGGUUCGUCGCGUCGGUUCUUGCUCACGCGUUCCUCUGCACGUUCCCCGAGGGAAAAUGUAAGAGCUCCGCCCAGAACGACAUCAACUUUCCCAAGUUCUUCAACAUCUUCAUCGCAGUGCCAGAAAGAAGGGAAACCCAGGCUGCUAAGCUCCGCUGCAUCCUGCACUAUUUUGAAAGGUUGGCUGAAGACCCCAGCGGACCACACGGCUGUAUCUCAUUCACCAGAAAGGUGGUGAGUGAUGACCACCUGCCCAGCUGGGGCACUUGGCUGUCAUGUGACAAACAGCUGUGUCCAAUCACAGUCGUCCGCCAGGGAGGAAUAGAGGAUUCUGGGAGUCACACUCUUCAAAUAGACUUUGCCAACAAGUGCAUCGGUGGUGGAGUGCUACAUCAAGGCAGAGUACAGGAGGAGAUCAGGUUCUGUAUCUGUCCAGAGUUGAUUGCUUCAAUGCUGUUCAUGGAAAAGAUGGAUCCAAACGAAGCCAUCCAGAUAGAAGGAUUCGAGCAGUUUUCCCACUACACUGGGUAUGGACGCACCCUGGAGUAUGCAGGAGACUGCAGAGAUCAUUCAAAGGUAAAGGCAGAUGGCAACAUCGAGACUGCCUUAUGUGCAAUAGAUGCCAUACCCUACAAAAGGAGAAAGGACGAUCA